UGUCGAAUAUGCCAGGUCAACCGUCGUCUAUUACUCACUGAGACCAGGGUUCCAAGGCUGAGAGUUGUGAAAUUUUGCGUGCGGAGUACAUCUGGUGGUACCUGCACCGCCACAGCACUGGAAGAGAUCUCAGCUGCGAUAGAAGUGGGUCAAAGGGACGCUGUGGCGCGAGCUCAGGCUGGCAAGGCUGGGCUUGUGAUGUCACGAUUCCCUACCAGGCAAAAACGAACGAUUGAUGCCUUCUUCAAUUCUGCUCCAAAGCGGGCGCGCAUCGAUGUCGUCGAAGAAAGAAGUACACCAGACGAGCAAGAUGAGAUUACUACAACAUCGCAACAUCUACAUUAUCCAUUUCCAAUCACUGAUUUUCCAGCAUCGGUAAGCAAAGAGCUAUCAUCUUUACCAGCUCGCCCUGCUCGGGUCAUCAACAACGAGCCAGACCUGGAUCUACUGUAUUACGAGCCUUAUAUCCCCGAAUACCUUGCGCGUCAGAUCUUUCAACAUUUGCGCGCAGAAUUGCCUUUUUAUAAAGUAGAGUAUCAAAUCAAGCGAGGAGGCAUUGAGACUCAGGUGCGCACGCCAAGGUAA